AUGGUCGUCGUCAUGAGUCUCUUGUACUCGUCCAACUACUACCACGUCGCGCCGGACGAGGUCGUGACGGUGCUUGGCGUCAUCUUUGUCGCUGUGCUCUUCCUCGCCCUUGCGCGUGAGAUCUUUUACAAGCAGGAGCGCGCGCAGUUCUUCCGAACGUCCUCGUUUCUUGUGGCACACGCGCUCACGCAGCUGCCGCUGUGCCUGCUCGAGACGCUCGUGUUCGGCUCGGUCAUGUACUGGGUCACGGGGUUCGUCUCGGACGUCGGCGCGUUCGUCGUCUACUUGCUGCUGCUUUUUUGGUCAACCUGGCCUUCUCGACGUGGUUCUUCUUCAUCGGCGUCGUGUCGCCCGACUUGA